GAAAAUUCAUAUAUAUAUAUAUAUAUAUAUAUGCACAUAAUGUAGCGUCGACUUCAUUGCAGUUAAACAUUUAGCAAUUUCGAAUUAGAAUUAAGAGCUUAUUUUUCUUUAAAUGGAUGCUAUGAUUUCUCGAUCAUCGAGAUACGGCCGGCAACAAGGGUCCUUAUACAGGGACAAACCGACCUUGGACAGGUCCCUACAUACCUUCCCGCCGGACAGACACUCCGACAUCUUUCGUCGUCCGGGUGGUCUCAUUUCCGUUCCGGGAAAGCUGAAACCGGCAUCAGCACCGGAGAACAGAGCGCCUCGCCGGCUAACCAAGCUUCUGUUGAACGUGACGAUAGAGAGGAGCUUGGGGCCGGUUCAGGUUGUUAUGCCGCCUGAGAAUACAGUCGGCGAUUUGGUUAAGUCGGCGAUGGAGAUUUACGUGAGAGAGAAGAGAAGGCCCUUGCUCGUUGAUAACAAUCCGCACCGUUUUGAGCUUCACUACUCGCAGUUCAGCUUGGAGAGUUUGAAGGUAGAGGAGAAGUUGAUAAAUUUGGGGUCCAGGAAUUUUUUCUUGUGCUCAAAGCCCAUAACCUCUGUUAGUUCUUCUUGCUCUGAGGAAGCAAGCAAGGCAAACCAUUCUCUAUUUCCUUUGACCAAGUUAAUGGAUUUCUUGCUUUAAUUAGCAAAGAGUAAAUGCUAUCUUUUUUUUUUUUUUUUU